AUGUCCGCGGCUCGAUUCUUAGACUCCCAGGGUCCGCCCCGGAAGAAGAUGCGAAAGGGGACAAAGAGUUGUGUUGAAUGCCGUCGACGAAAGAUUCGCUGCACAUAUGACUCAGAUCGCCCCAGUAUAUGCAAUGAAUGCCACUCGAGGGGCUUCGAAUGCAUUGACCAAGAACAUGGAACUGUGGAUCCAAAGGUCACCGGUCCUCUAUCAGGAGAGCAAUCCUACAGUCUUCGUGAGCGAGUAACACAGCUAGAGAAUGUGGUAAGAGAUAUCAUGCAGCGGAUGGAUCAAUCCACCCCGUCAUCAUCUUCCGCGUCUCCCGCUCAGAUUGAUCAUCCCAAGGACCCGCCUAUGCAGACGCGUAAGCAUUACAUAGACGAAUAUCCUGAGCACAAUGUUUCGGGGAAGCAGAUGACCGUCACGGUUGCAAGCGAGAUAGUCGAGGGUGCGCCAAUCACGGAAAGUCAUCAGAUCGAGAACGCACCCGUACUACAGCUUCUGAACAACAAUGUUAUUUCUCGCACCGAGGGAACUGCAACACGCAACCAAAAUGUUGCCGCUACACAGGCCAUCUCGCCAAAGGCGAUUGCAGCGCGAAACGAGCUCGUCAAGUUAAUUCCACCUCGUGCCGAUCUCCUUCGCAUUCGAGACUUAGCUGUGGAUUGGUGGUCUGUAUGGUUUCACAUGUUUCCUGAACUACAUGAUAAGGACAUGUCACUUCUCGUUGGUGAGCGGGACUACUUUGAAAUACCAAAUUCCCCUGGAGACGUUGCAAAAUUCAUACUCUGUCACUUGAUGUGUAUCGACCAACUUCCGGCCGGGUUUGAUUACAACUCUCUCGAAAUGCCGAUCGUUCCGUGUGAGUACGCUGAUCGCUGUGUGGACACGAUUGAUCGUUUGAUUAUCAAGGAUGAAGAUUUGUGCGGCACUCUACCCAGUCUUGAGGCGAUAUUACUUCUUUCAAAGUGGUAUACGAACAUUGGACGGCCACGAAAGGCGUGGCUUACGACGAGACGUGGAGUUGAAUUAGCACAGUUGGCUGGCUUGCACAUAUCCACUGCCAAAGAGCCCCAUCCUGAUGACAAACUUUACGACCGGCGUCUUAAACUUUGGACAAUGCUUGGCUUGAAUGAUCGAUUUCUCUGCAUGAUUUUAGGGCUGCCAUAUGCAAUUCAGGAACGCCUGUACCGUCCACAGGUCGAACGGCGCUUAAAAACAGAACCUCGCAAUAUGGAAACCUAUUGUCUUCAACUUUCACUAAUCAUGGGUCCCAUAAUCGAUAGAAAUCAGGAGGAUCCAGCUAAGAUGUCGAUUGCUGAAACCUUGAAGCUAGAUCAAGACAUGAGCGCCAUGGCACGAUCCAUGCCGGAUCAUUUUUGGCAGCAGCAAAUUCCGGAAAAGAAAUUGUCUAUUGAUGAAGGUGUUGAGCGGUUGUUGUUGCCAUUCAUGUUCCACUAUAUGCGAGCCACGCUACAUUUGCCAUUCAUGCUACAAUCCCAUAUCGACCGCCGGUAUCAGUUCAGCCGAGAAGCCGCAUUAGAAUCAUCUCGGAACGCACUGCUUGCAUAUAACAAGUUGCGGUCUGGGGAUAUGAUAAGUCCAUAUAUAUGCCGCUUUAUCGACUUUCAAGCCUUUUCAGCGGCCAUGCUUUUGAUUAUCAAUGUUAUCGGAUAUUCUGAAGAUGCUCCAAAUCACAGCCCAGAGCAGGACGAUAAGGAUUGGGCAAUCAUUGACGCCACGACAGAAGUCCUCCGUCACGCAGCAAUGGAACAUGCCGGCACUGUCGCGCAACAAUCACUCAUCAUUCUGGAGGGACUCAGCAAAAACAUGGAAAUGGAAUGCUCUGCAGACGUGUCCUGCAAAGUCUCAGUUCCGUAUUUUGGCAGCGUUACCGUCAUACCAGGGAAAAAGGCAUGCAAAAUCCGGAAUCGUUCUUCCGCUAAUCAGCAGCCGCAGCAGCAACAGCAACAGCAACAACCUACUCCCAGCAGUAGCAGCAUUUUUAGUCAGCAUUCUGUCAAGGGUUCUACAUCCGAACAGCCAAGCCCCUUCCAACUAUACACCCCUCCCCAAUCAAACAUCGACUUCAGCAACUGCUCCGUCGCCGACUGUCCAGACCAACAACACAAUCAAGCCAUAAACAAUCCGACAACGACCCCUUCAAUAUGGGAUGACUCCUCACGUGUCCAACUAGAGAAUAUCAUGACGCUACCAAACGCAGGAAUGAUCCCCAAUUCGGGCAUGUCGAUGGUGAACAGUAAUAACCCCGAUCAAAUGGCGUCCGGGCUUAUGGGUGGUUUUUGGGGGAAUAAUGAGGAUUUGAGCCUCUGGUCGAAUAUUCCCUUAGAUCUGGAUCAGGGAUGGAAUUUGGAUUGGACUAGUGGAGCUGGUAUACAAUAG